GUACAUACAGAUGUGCAAGAAAAUCUUUCUCAUAAUUUUUCUAUUUGCCUAAUUUAAUUAGCUUAAUCCAGUUCAAUUUUUCUUACACUAGGUCGUUCAAUAUUCUUGGCUUGAAGAAAAAUGAAAACAGCUCUGAGGUGUCACGAUUUGUUCUUCUGGGUCUGUCAUCUUCCUGGGAGCUACAGUUAUUUCUCUUCUUCGCAUUCUUAUUGAUUUUUGCUGUUAUUAUCCUGGGAAACCUUUUGAUAGUGAUGGUGGUGCAGGCUGAUGCUCAUCUGCUCCAGUCACCCAUGUACUACUUCCUAAGUCACCUGUCCUUCAUUGACCUAUGUCUGAGCUGUGUUGCUGUACCAAAAAUGCUAGGAGACUUCCUACAGAAGGAGAAGACAAUAUCCUUUUCGGGAUGCCUGACCCAGAUCUUCUUCCUUCACUUUCUGGGAGCCAGCGAGAUGUUUCUGCUGACUGUAAUGGCCUAUGAUAGGUAUGUUGCCAUAUGCAACCCUCUGCACUACCUAGCGGUCAUGAAUAACCACUUGCGUCUUCAGUUGGUGUUUGCCUGCUGGUGUGGAGGCUUUAUCCACUCUAUCACACAGCUCAUUAUUGUCAUCCAACUGCCUUUCUGUGGUCCCAAUGAACUGGACAACUUCUAUUGUGAUGUCCCUCAGGUUAUUAAGCUGGCCUGCAUGGAUACUUACUUGGUUGAGGUGCUGAUGGUCUUUAACAGUGGCAUAUUGUCUCUUGUCUGCUUCUUGGUCCUGCUCUUUUCCUAUGCUCUCAUCCUACUCACUCUGAGAACUCACCUCCAUCGGGGGCAGAGCAAGGCUCUGUCUACCUGUGCUUCUCACCUGACGGUGGUCAGCUUGAUCUUUGUUCCCUGUGUAUUCAUCUACUUGAGGCCAUUUUGCACCUUCUCUGUGGAUAAAGUAGUCUCUGUGUUUUACACAGUGAUCACACCUAUGCUGAACCCUCUUAUCUACACACUGAGAAAUACAGAUAUGAAGCGAGCUCUAGAAAAGCUGAGAAGGAAGCAGGUGACAUCCCACUGCCUCAUUAAAGGAUGA